UGUUUAUCCUCUUCCGUGGUCAAGUGGGUCGGAGUUUUACUGUAAAAGUGUAGUUAGAAGUUAGCAGAAAGUUGUUAAACAUUUACCCUUCUAGUCCUUUCUUUCUUAAUGGGAUGCAAGUCUUACUCAUCUUUUCUGUAAUUUGGCUCACUUUCUACGGAAUAUCAUCAAUAAUCGUGGAUCACUGUUACAUUUUGGGUCUUGUAUCAUACGCGAUAGACAAAAUGAGAGGGUACGAUAGUCACGGACAUUCUUCGUCAUUAAUAAGAGUGCAAUUGAGAUUAAACCAAAAAAUUACGUAGUGUGAAUAGGUCACUGAUUAAGUAUCAUUUCCAUGCAAAUUUCGGGUCUAAUGAGAAAUAUACAACUUUCAUGGAUUGUAUGUAUAUAUGAAGCACCUCUGUGAUAUUCAGGCGGGAGAAUGCAAACAAACGAACUUAUUAAUGGAAUCACUGAGACAGAAGACAGUUCAUAUAUGGAGAGUGGAACGGAUAUUUUGGAUUUUUUAAACACAUCUGAUACAGAGAAUGAAGAUAUAAAAGAUAUUAUUGGAAAUGAACCAGAUAAAAGUACUGAAGAAGAUCCAUGCAAUGAAGAAGCAUCCUCCUUAACACUUUCCAUAACCAAUGUAGUUGUUAUGGCUAGUCUUCAGUGUCAUUUACGAUUGAAAGAAAUAGCCAGAACUAGCGUUAAUGUAGAAUAUAAACCGCUUCAGAAUCAUGUUAUAAUGCGUUUACGAUCACCGUAUACAGUAGCAACAAUUUGGUCUAGCGGAAAAAUUUGGUGUACUGGAGCCAAUUCGCUUGCCAAAGCGAAAAUUGGCGCUAGGCGUAUUGCUAGACGAAUAGCGAAAUGUGGAUUUCCGUGUCAUUUUAGUAAAUAUCGUGUAGUUAAUAUUAUGGCUACUUGUAAAUUACCAUUCGGUGUCAGAUUAGAAGAAUUAGUCAAUGAAAGACCGAUGCAAAUGAGUUACGAACCUGAAUUAGCUCCUGGUCUCACGUUUAAAACUGAUCUCAACUCAAGUACAUCUCUAAAACUUUUUUCAACCGGACGAAUCGUCAUUAUGGGUUCCAGUUUAGACUCAAUUGGUUCAUUAGUCGAGGAACUAGUUCCAAUUGCUGCAUUGCAUCAAACAGAUGAACCGGUUCCAGAUGUUAAUGAUAUACAAGAACGUGACGAAGCCCAUGUAGUGUUAAAAGCAGCACGAUACAUGAAUAUGCUGCCAAAUAAUGGUGGUUUCAAUGGAUUAGUCUAUGAUAUUGAUGAUGAAUAUGAAGAUAGCGAUGAAAGUGAUUUUUAUGAAGAUGUCGGCGGUGGUGGUGGUGCUCAACAUAGUUUUUCUACAGAUGAUUCAACUGACAGCGGGGCUUCUAUUGACAGCGGUGGUGUAAGUACUAAAGUAAAGCGUAGAAUUAAAAAGAAAAGUCGUUUAUCUACUGUUAUGGGUAAUUCCAUUUCCUCUACAUCUCAGUUGAGAAGUUAUGAUUCAUUGCGAUCUGGUAGUCCGCUUCAUUUAUUAACUCCUAGAGAGGCUGCCAGUUUGGCCUUCUCUAAACGUGCAGCUGGAAAUAUUGAAGAUGCUAGAGAUUUAGUAGCGACAGCUGGAGAAUUAAGACGUCAACGUGAACUGUUACUUCAAAGGACAACUCAAGAUAGUAUACGAACAGAAUCUCGUUCAAAUUUUUCUCAAAGUGAUCCUACAUGGUCUCGUAAAGCUGUUGCUUCAGGAUCAACAAAACGUGCUUGUGUGGUCACUUAUUCUGGAACAGAGGAUAGUGAGUCACAAGAUUUGUAUAAUACUGUCGAACUACGCAGUCAAGGUUAUACACAGUCUAAUGUUUCUUCAAUUGAACAACAACAACACCAGCAACAAUUAAAAUUAUUCAUGCACCAUCUUUGA